UGUUUCCUCAUUCGAGCAAUAACCACCGUGGCGAACAAAGCUACGCCGCGGGAGACAAACGCGAGGAAGCGCGUGUGCAAGCACUGGAGGGAGACGUCCUUGAUCAACGUUACUAGCGUAGAAACGUAUAAAGGAAACCGUCGUCGUUGUCGCGGGCCUAGAACACCAGUUGACAGUCCGCUUGUAAUGCCGGCCAACAAGGACACCGCCAGCGACACUAUGUUGGGGCGAGUGGAGCCCGGAAGAACGAAUUUCUUUGUCGCGCGGAAAUCAUCCGGAAAAUUCUCGCACAGUUCCGAGUCUUCAUCGACGACAGUUCUUCCGGAACACGCCAACGGCGUUGAGAAGCAAAACGGAGUCGGUACACAGCACUUUCGCAGCGUGCCCAAUCGAGAUGUUCACGAGAAGUUGUUCAGAGAUUUCUUCGAGCUCGUGUUGCAGCAAGCGGUGUUCGAGUCUACUUCCGGAGAGAAUCGAGUGGUCGAGUGGAUCGAUCCGCGCGAUCUGCAUUCCGUGAUAGAUCUUUCACUUCCGGCCGCCGAAGGCGUCACCCACGAAGAACUGCUGACCCUUACGCGCGAUAUCAUCAAGUACAGCGUGAAGACGGGCCAUCCGCACUUCGUCAAUCAGCUGUUCUCAAGUUUGGACCCGUACGGAUUGUUGGGCCAAUGGCUGACCGACGCGCUCAAUCCGUCCGUCUACACGUACGAGGUGUCGCCGGUGUUCACCCUGAUGGAGGAGGACGUGUUGCGAGAGAUGCGCGCCAUCAUCGGCUGGCAGGGUGGCGAGGGCCUCUUCUGUCCCGGCGGCUCCAUGGCGAACGGAUAUGCCAUCAACCUGGCGCGUCAUUACAAAUAUCCGAAUCUGAAGCAGUCCGGACUUUCGCAAAUGCCGCGGCUAGUGGUGUUCACGUCGGAGGACGCGCACUACUCCGUGAAGAAGCUCGCAGCUUUUCUGGGCAUCGGCUACGACAACGUGUAUCUCGCAAAAGUUGAUUCCCGGGGCAAGAUGAUAGUCUCCGAUCUGGAGGCUCAGAUCGCCCGAGCCAUUAAGGAAAACGCCGUGCCGUUAAUGGUGUCCGCCACCGCGGGCACCACGGUAAUGGGUGCGUUUGAUCCUCUUCGUGAGAUCGGUGACGUUUGCAGAAAAUACGGACUGUGGUUCCACGUGGACGCCGCGUGGGGAGGCGGCGCUCUCAUUUCCAGAAAGCAUCGCGGUCUUCUGGACGGCAUCGAACUCGCUGACUCCGUCACCUGGAAUCCCCACAAGCUCCUCGCCGCGCCACAGCAGUGCUCCACUUUACUGCUUCGCCACGAAGGUCUCCUGCAAAAGGCGCACGGAUGUGGGGCGAGCUAUCUCUUCCAGAACGACAAGUUUUACGACCCGUCGUUCGACUUUGGCGACCGACACAUACAGUGCGGCCGUCGCGCCGACGUCGUCAAGUUCUGGUACAUGUGGAAGGCGAAGGGUACGCGCGGUCUCGAGGCACACGUGGAUCAGGUCUUCGCGCUGUCGCGUUAUUUCGUCGAUCUUAUUAGGACGCGCGAGGGCUGGUGCCUGCUCGCCGAGCCGGAGUGCACCAACGUCUGCUUCCGUUAUAUCCCGCCGUCGAAGAGACACCUGACCAGUCCGGAACUCGAGCAGGCUCUGCAUAAGAUCGCGCCGUUGAUCAAAGAGCGCAUGGUACGAGCCGGAUCGAUGUUGAUAACGUAUCAAACGCUGAGAGAUAUGCCGAACUUCUUCAGAAUGGUGCUGCAAAAUUCGGGACUGACAGAAGCCGACAUGAAGUUCUUCGUCAAAGAGAUAGAAAGGCUCGCCGCAGAUCUCUGAACGGUUUAAAUUAUAGAUGUUGUAUAUAUAUAUAAUUGUUUAACGAUAAAAAUGUGUAUGUAAAUGUUGUAUUAUUGUUAUUAUAAUUAUAUGAAAUAAUAACAGGUUACAAUAGAACCUUGUUAAACGACGGUCCGAAAGACUACAUUAUCACAUUUAUUUAAUGCCAACACUAAUUGUUCCUUCCACACAGUUUUUCAUAUUUUAAAUAUGACAGCUAGAAGAGGUAAACUUGAUAUGUUGCAGCACAAUUAUAUCAAUUUCUGCAACCUCGUCGUUUAACGAAGUCCGACCGUUACUCUUAAAAGCAAAACGAUAAUCAGUAACAUUUUUCCCAUUCAAUUUCAGUUUAUGUAUAUUACAUUGAUCACAAUAUCGUUGGUUACAAAGUAUUGGUUAUCACCAACGCAACGAUACUAUCAGUGAACUCUAUACAGUAUAUACUGGAAUGCUCAUUUUUAUGAUAAA